AUGUCAUCCACAGCUCCCGACGCCUCGGUGCUUCCCAAAGCGCCGUGGAAGUCGCUAUUCAAUCAGCACAUCUCAAAGAUGGAGUCACCAGAGUUCGUGCUAGGCACAGUUGCCGCUGCUCCCCAGGGUUCAACUGUGCCGUACGUGCCCCGCGUUCGAUACUGCAUAUUCCGUGGCUUUUGGACCGAGCUACCAGAAAACAAGCACAACGAUGCCGAGCGUAACCCCAAAGUAUACGAGAGCGAUUGCCCUACCUUCACAACCGACGUAAGAAUGGAGAAAGUGGGUCAGCUGUUUGGCACUGGCGCCGGACACGCCGAAAGCAACGAGCAGACGCAAGGGAGCGGCGGCGGUGGUCCCAUCGAGGCUGUCUACUGGGUAAAGGAGGCGGGCACACAGUGGCGUAUCAAAGGAAAAGCAUACGUAGUUGGCAACGAUAUCGAAGAGAAUGAAGAUAGUAGUGGGGUUAGGACCGUAAAGAGCGAGGUCUGCAAGAGGAUGAGGGUCCUUGACCAGGAGAAGGAAAAGGACUGGAGUUGGUCCAGGGAGCUGACAGCCAGUUUUGGAAACCAGUCUCCUGGUAUCAAAGGUUCAUUCAAAGCGCCACCUCCAGGCCGUCCGACAACCGAGGCACACGACGACAAGAACCUUGAGCUAGGAGCUAAAGUAGACGACCUUCACGACGAGGUUGCACGUAAGAACUUUCGUCUCGUCAUCAUCGUUCCCGAGUCGGUUGAGCAGACUGAUCUCAGCGAUCCGUCGAAGGCCCGACGUUACCUAUACACGUUUGACGAGAGUGCCCGGGCGAACGCAGGCUGGAGAACGCAAGAAUUGUGGCCGUGA